UUUAAUCUAUAUAAAAUUCGAUGUUUUAAAAUGUAGCUGAAACAGUGUGCAAAUAGGUUGGCAACCCAAACCAUUUUUUGAUCUGGCAAGAUGAAAAAACAAACAAUACGAAUGUCAUAUGGUAUUUUAAAAAUAUCCGUUACCUAACCUACACAAAAUUGACAAAAUAAAAUCGGUUGUAACUUCUGUUUUUACUCCUUUGAGUCUUUGAGUGCGAGUGACGAAAAUAGCGAGACUUAAGUAGAUUGACGAAGCUUUUCCUUCAGUGGCACUAAAGCUCGCGUGGGGCUGAAGGCCGGAUGUUCUCUAAUAUAGUAAUUGUCGAUCCGUCUCCGACCUACAAUAAAAACAGGAGUGAGCAAUACAUAUCAGAAGUUUCAAAGUCUCCUCGGCCGUGGUACGAAUAUGGACAUCGGCAGCUGCGCUAAAGAGGACAUGUUAUCUGCGAGGGGCAGUACGGUCGCAUCAGAGGACAGUUUCAUUACGCCGGUGUCUUCGGUCGGAGAUCUGAUGGCGAUGUCACCGCGAGGCAAGCAGGCCCAGGAGUCGGCUGAUGUGACGAGUGACCUGCUCACGGGCGACAGUGUUUGUGAUAUAACCAUGCAGGAACUUCAUCAUUACGAGGAUACUUUUUACAUAGAUCCGACAAGUAUGGACUAUCUAGUGAAGUGUGCCGAGUCCACUCACAGCAACAGUCACGUAGACCGCGGCAAGGAAAGCUUGUUCAUAAAAUUCGAUCCGCUUUACGCUCGUCAAAAACCCCCAUCCACUCCUACUGAAUCCCUCCCGGACUCCACGGAGGCUGACAUAGGCUACGAAACAGGAAGUGCUGCAUCCAUUUUCGCUGACAACAGUGUCGCUACGCCUAAGCAUUCAAUGUCUGCGGGAUCUAUCUCAUGUGCAUGGGAAAAGCCUACUCAAAUGGUUCCACCCGUCAAAAACGAUUUGGCCAAAACUGAAACUAAACCAAUGCCGCAGUUGGUUCGAAGCCUAUCGUCUAGUCACGUAGCUACAGACAGGCUCAUAAAUUUCAUAGGGAGUACACCGCCUGUGGCUGCUCCGCGCAGUCCUCAUCACCGUUCAAACAACCACCAGGUAGGCAGACAGUUCACACAUUCUCUUCGACUUAUACUCCAGAAGCAGGAACAUGAAGCUUUAUUACUCAGACAGGAAAAUGGAGAUCUCAAGUCUGCGUUACACAACAUUGAGAGUAGAUACACAAGUACUAUUGAGGAGUUAGAGUUAAAAGUUAAGAAGCUUAAGGAUGAAAAACAUAAUUUGAUAGAGAGAGAAAACCAGCUACUUCAGCAGCUUCAUGACAAAAACCUGAAUAACAAACAAAUGGGUGUAGUAAUGGAAGAAUAUGAGAAAACUAUAUCUUCUCUGAUCGGUGAGCAUCAGCGGGAGCAACUACUGACUCGGGAAAUGCAACAAAAACUAAGCACUGAACGAGACCAAGCUUUAAGUCACUUGGCAAGCAUGGAAAGCUCAUUCAACGACUUGCUGUCCAAGUAUGAAAAAUGCAAAAGUAUUAUUAUGGAACAUAAAGAUGCGGAGAAAAUAUUUGAGCAGAAAAUUACAGAGUAUGAAGCUGGUUUGAAAAAAUAUGAAGAACUUUAUACAAACUUUAAACAAAUUACUGAAGAGAGCUUGUCUAAAGCCAAUGAAACAUUGGAAACUGUGAAGAAAAACCAUAGUGUGGAGCUAACAAAAUUAAAUGCUACCAUCAAGAAGCAUGAGAUCAAAAUUUCGUCUCUAGAGGAGUCACUGUCUCAAAAAAUAAGAGAUAAUGAGGAGUUAACAAGAAUUUGUGACCAGCUCAUAAAUGAGGUGCACUAGAGUGCACCAUUUUAGAGAUAUUAAACUGUAUUCUAUUAUCUAAAAUCUUUAGUUAUAGUUGGAUAUAUUAUUAUAACUUUAUGAUUAGAAACCUAUUAGGGGUCAUCCAUUAAUUACAUCACACGUUUAGGUCAAGAAUAUGUGACAUGUUGUGACAAGGGGAAGCGGGGAGUCACAAACAUUGUGACGUCACUUUAAAUUAUUUUAUUUGCUGUACAGUUAAAUAAGUUUUUGGAACAAGUUUUUAUUCAUUUAAUUUAUAUAUCCUAAUCAGUUUUGGGUUAUAAAAUUAGUAAUAUUUCUAUUAUCAAAAUAUUUUUUUUCGCUUUUGUGUGACGUAAUUAAUGGAUGAACCCUUAUCUAAGAAUGCUAUUUUAUGUUUGAGCUUAUUUGAUAUUCCAUUUACAGGUCUUGGUGCUUGUUGACUAAUUUGUAGGAACUGUUUUAAAAAUGUACAUUGUGAAUUCAUUUUUUUAUAAAUUCCAUUAAAAAAUACAAGACAGCUUCUACUAGAUAGAUUAGACUUCGAACUUGUAAACAUAAAAUAGGUGUAACACUUAAUAAUAACAAACUCUAUUAACAAAUUAUGUGUAAACUUAUCAUGUACCUAAUGUCCUUAUCUUGAUGUUAAUUGCCUUGUUUAGAUGUUAAACUAACUUAAAAAUCUUAAAAUGUUUAUCUUUGUUUUUUUUUUGUUUUGCUCUAUGUCAAUUAGUUACUUAUUGCGUCCAAAUCCCGCCUAUGUUUUGUAUAGACGGAUUAAAAGUGCUCCUGCACCUACACUGGCUGUUACAUAAUGUUCUAUAACAUAAAACAUUGACAGGGACAGCAUAAUAAAACACUAUCAUUACUAUCAUUUUGUCCCUGCCACACGAUGUAAUUAAUUUAGCGGCUAGUGUGGGACCACCAUAAGUUUGGGUAUAUUAAAGAAACUAUAAAUUGAGAGAUUUAAAAUAUUGUGCAACAUAUUAAACGGUUUUUAGUUUUUCUAUUUGCUAAAGUCUUUAUAAAACCCAGACUUCUUUACUGCAUCUAAAUCAUAGGACUGAGGUGUAGUGUUUCUCCAUUUCACCUUAUUCUACAAUAUAGGAGCCUUUGUUUAGGUAGACAUCCGUCUAAGAUCGGUGUAACUAAUAUUUAUUAUGAUAUAUGCUUGUAAGUAGAUUAAAUUUUUCUGAA